AUAGACGGCCUUGAGAAGAAGUGAUAAGAUAAAAAAAAAUAUAUGAAAAGUUAGAGGGUGAGGGCACACAUUUGCCAGGCAGACAGACGGACAACAGGCAUGAAGUUUUUCGUUCUUCUGACUCUGUUUGGAUGGGCAGUCGCCCUGGAAGCAGAUGACAAGAUUGUUGGAGGUCAAGAGUGUCGGAAAAACUCUGUGCCCUACCAAGUGUCUCUCUUCACUGGGUAUAACUUCUGUGGUGGGAUUCUUCUGUCAAAUGAGUGGGUGCUCUCUGCUGCACACUGCAAGACAAAGUCAGAUGUAGAAGUACGACUGGGAGAGCAUGACAUCUGGGAACCUGAUGGAACAGAACAGCACAUUAUGUCUGCCAAGUUUAUUCGCCACCCCGACUACAACUCUCGAACACAGGACAGCGAUAUCAUGCUGAUCAAGCUGAGUCAGCCCGCUACUCUGAACAACUAUGUGCGUCCUGCUGCCCUUCCAACAAAGUGUGCUGCUGAUGGGACCAUGUGCCAAGUAUCUGGAUGGGGGAGUCUUCGUCCUAGCGAUGAAGGAUCGAGAUACCCUGCCAAACUUCAGUGUCUGGAUGUUCCUCUCCUCAGUGAUGACACGUGCUUUAAUGCGUAUCCUUUCCAAAUCACUGAAAACAUGAUUUGUGCCGGCUAUCUGGAGGGCGGGAAGGACUCUUGUCAGGGUGACUCUGGAGGUCCGCUGAUGUGUGACGGACAGCUUCAGGGAGUCGUGUCAUGGGGCCAUGGCUGCGCUCUGAGGAAGAAACCUGGGGUUUACACAAAGGUCUGCAACUACGUCUCCUGGAUCAAGAAUACCAUGGCAUCUGGCUGA